AUUUUUGAUUUUGUUCCUCUCCACUCGCGAUGGCUACCAUGAAUUCGGUACAGAAGAGCAUACAUCUGCCUUUAUCGAGUUUAACUUCGCCUCGGGUGCUUAUGUGUGCCUCUGUUGGUACAGAAGGUUCCGUAACAUUACAGUUGAGAGACACAAACUCUUCUAUCGAUUCUAAUCACUCCCCAGCAUCAACAUCCCUAGAAAAUGCGUUGACCAUCGGUUAUCCGGAUCCGGAAAUGUUGGCCGACGUUUUAGGCACGUUACAGACAGCCUGUAACAUAAAUAAUAACAAUAAUAUUACUCAUAGUAAUAAUAUUAAUAACAGUAGUGUUAACAACAACCACAACAACAAUAUCAGCAUAAACAAUAUAACAAAUAAUAAUAAAAUCACUAUAAGUCGUCGCAAUUCGACUAUACCUAUCAAGGAAUCGAAUAAAAUUACUGUACAAACCGUAUCAACAUCAACCAAUACCACCAAUAAAACGAAUAGCUACAUUAAAAAUUGCCUCAUACGCAGCAGUAGUUGCAGCAACACAAAUAACGUUACCUCGUUAGCUCAAAUUAUGAGCAAUAGUAAUAGUAGCAAUAGCUCUAAUUCCAUAUUGAAUAAUACUACGAAUAGUAACAGCAACUGUAGCAGCAACAGCAAUUUCAGCUCAAGCAGCAACGACAGCACCAUUAGUAUUACCAGCAACACCAGUGGCGGUAAUCUGAAGAACGGCAAUAAUUUAAUAGCACACGGUAUUAAAAAUGUUCCUGGCAGUGCUACUGCCACAGCAAUUGUAAAGAAGAGUCGACCUAAAUUAUCAUCACCCACCAGACACGGUCCACAACAGUGCCUGAUUUGUAGUAAAAUUUUUGGAAAUGCAUCUGCUUUAGCCAAACACAAAUUGACUCAUAGUGAUGAAAGAAAAUAUGUAUGUGUAAUGUGCUCAAAAGCGUUUAAAAGACAAGAUCAUUUAAAUGGACAUAUGAUGACACAUAGAAAUAAGAAACCCUAUGAAUGUAAAGCUGAAGGUUGUGGAAAAUCAUAUUGUGACGCACGUUCAUUACGCCGUCAUACCGAAAAUCAUCACGCAGGUGUAAUAACUCCACAAAAUCAAACACUUUCUCCAACUGCUGGUACCCCUUCUGGUCUAAGUUUAUCUCCAGCUACAGCAAGUGGUGACGCCAGUUCACCAGACGGUGCAACUUGCAUACGAACUUACAUCUCAAAUGGUGGCACAGUUGUAGAUGCAGCAACUGGUUUGCCAUUAACUGAAGAACAAAUUAAGGCCAUCAAUUUGCCAAUUAAGACAAGUGUCACUCUCUUGUCACCCACGUCAUCGACAUCUUCAGGUGGCGCUUCAAUGUCAGCCGCCUCACCUACCAUUUCGUUAACUGACAACAGCAAUAUGGAGGCCGACGGUUUAACUCGUGAACAAUUAGAUUUGAUUAGCAAAAUAAUGCAGCAAACUAAACAAACUAGUGCUCAAGUUACAGUGUCAUCGUCAACAAGUGUGAAUUCGUAUAAGGUAGAUACCGCAAUCGCACCACCGCAAACCACAAGCCCACAAAGUAUUGUGCAAAAUAGGCCACGCACCUGGAAUAUGCAAUUGUUGAAUACCACGCAAAAUGUAUCAAUCACUGUGGAUGAGGUUACAUCUGAUGCAUCUUCAAGUGCUACAUCUCCCAUCGAUACUAAAGAUGACGACCUUAGUCAACAACUCGUCUCAGCAAUAAGCCCACAAAUUUUAAACAUAGUAAAAAUAGAUCAGAAACCUGUUGAAUGUAAUUUAUGUCACCGUAAGUUCAAAAAUAUACCCGCCCUAAAUGGUCACAUGCGUUUACAUGGCGGUUACUUCAAAAAAGACCCAGAAACCAAAAAGACAGAAAAGCGAGACAUCAAUGGCCCACCCCUACAAACAGCAAGCAUCGGUGUUAGAGCUUUAAUCGAGGAAAAAAUCAUAAAUAAACGAACCAAAGAUCUUAACAAGGGCGCAUUUGUAGUUCCUGCACCACCUGGCACCGUUACAGGUAGUACCACCAUAAGAAGAUCGAUUAGCGAUCUAGAAAGCUUCCUAAAUCCAAAAAAUCAAAGUAGCAAUAAUAGUAACGCAACAAGUGCUACUGCCACUACAACGACACUGCUGCCUGCAGCCACAACUAUUAAAGCAAAUGGCCUUAAUGUACAACAGCUGGGGUUGCCGCAGAGUAUCGAGAUUUUCAGCACAAAGCAACAAAAGACAUUAAAUAAUAUAAGUGUAGGUGUCGGUACUAAUACAAUGCAUGCAACAAACUCAACGACUGCUCCGUCAACGACAAAAUCAGCCACAACGAUUAACACAACGACUACCAAGAGUACAUCAACCGAUCCAAAAGAUUCCACCUUAAUAGAGUUGUUGAAACGAGGCACUCGUAUUGCAGUGACCUCGAAAAAGCCACAAAAUGGUACAAAUGUCACCACUAGCAACUUACCACCAACAUUGCCAACAACUCGUCAAAUUAUUACCAACAAUAAUCGCACGGUGAUUAUACCAUCCGAUGUACAGGUAGUGCCAACGAAGGUCAAGCAAUCCAAAUCUAGUAACACCUCACGUGCGCCCACGCCAGCUAGUAUUUCGUUAAAUGAUCCUGCACCGCUGUCAUUAACCAUUUCCCAAAAUAAUGGAACAGGCGAUGUAUACACCCUAACUUACAGUAGUGACAAUGCAAGCUUAUUUGACAACUCUGAGGUGUAUAAUGUUUCUGAUACCGAAAUGCUUUUACAGACUGUGGACUCAAUUCAAUUGCUAAAUGAAGCUGCAGAACAGCUCAAAAACGAACAUUCCGAACAAUUUACUUUAGACAGCUCUGCUGAUGGUAAUCUAGAAACAGAACUAGAAAAUUUAGAGGCAGAUAAAAAUUGUGGCGAAGUCCUCAGAAUUAAUAAUUUGAAACAAACAAUUACGCCACCUACACUACCAACUUUCCAACAAUUCCAUUCCAAAGAAAUUAUAAUGCAAAAUACAACACAGGUGCAAGCAGCAGUGACAAACAUGCGUUCCAAUACACUGUCAUUACCCGCUGAAUUAAAACAUCAACUUGUUUCCUUAACAUCACCCAUACAUUCUCCUCUCGCUUAUCCUACGCCGCCUUCAAGCCACGAGAAUGUUACCCAAUCUUCACCAUACAUAGAAGAAGGGCUACAGUUUGGUGAUAGCACAAAUGCUUUCUUCAAUGAUAAAUGUAACACCGACUUUUUAAUUCAAUCCACUGAUUCCUCCUUCUUCAAAACAAGUCAAGACGAUUUUUCAGAUACUGAGAAAAUAUUAAAACUGAAGAGUGUCUUAGAAGAAAGUACAUUUGAUUCAAGCAUUAAGGUGGAGGACUUACUUAACGAUUCACAAAAUGAUACGGAAUGCGAUUUGCGAGAGUUUGGGGAAACCAAUUUAUCAUUUUUGGAUGAUGAAGAUCAAGAGUUUCUAAAUGAUUCACACAAUGCUACUUCACCACUUUCGGAAUCAUUUUUCACCAGUGGAAUUGGUUCAGCUGAAGAAGUGAAAGAGGUGUUACGUGAGGUAUUGCCUGAAGAAACCAUUAAUACAAAUUGCGAAUCCCAGGCAGAUAAUAUUAUUGAUUUAUACUAUUUGCCAGGACUUGGCUUACAAUCGCAAAUGAUGCUUAAUUCCGAAGAUCCUUUGUUAUCAUCAUCGCCAAGAGAGUUUGGACAUCAGCGUAUACAGCAACAAAUAUUACAAAUUCCACAACAAAUUCAGGCCCAACAACAGCAACCACAGCAACAGCAACAGCAGCAGCAACAACAACAACAAACGACAACGCUUGCACUCUAUCAACAACAAAUUGAACAACAACAACAGCGUCAACUUCAAUUACAGCAACAACAAAUACAACAGUCAGAAAUAAAGCUUGAAAUUUUACAACAGCAACAUCCUCAAGAGGAACAACAAAUACAACAACAGCAAACAGAUUAUUCAAAUCAACAAAUUCUUCUGCCACUUACAGACGUGAGUAAUGCGAAUGGCGUGCAACUACAGUAUAACGUGUCAAACUUACCGCAAAUCCAAUCCCAAUCACAAUUUAUGGAGGCCACAGCUGUUCAAAAUAUGAACAAUAUGGGCACCAACUUAUUGCAACCUAUUAUAUAUACCGGUUCCACUGAUAAAGAGGAGAUUAACAUUACUCCUCAACAGACCAACAACAUAAAUAUAUUACAGAACACUGAAAUUAGAGAAGCAAAUGCUGAAGCAAACGUUUAUUUUGCUCCCAAUAACGCUAUAGUGACUAAUGCAAUGGUCAGCAACAUACACAAUGCACAGGCUACAAUUAUAUCAUCAGUAACUGUUGCUCCAACUCCUGCUGCAACUGUUCCCCCAACACCUGCUCCAGUGAUAUCAACACUGCAGCCACUCUCGAAUCAAACUAAUUCCAUAUUAAAACGUCGGUUACGUGCAAAUGGUACUCAUGAUUCCAAUCUCCUGAACACAUACUCCAAAUACCACUCUUUAUCACCAUAUCGUUCAAAAUUACGCAAACCAUCGCGUACUCAUUAUACUCCAGCGCCAAUACUUAAUCCCGAUCGUAAAGGCACUGGCCUUUAUUGCAACGUGCGAAAGAAGCUCAAUAAUGGAUUGAUUUCAUUCGAUACAUUUGAUGACGACUUUGAUGAUCAUGUGGGGUUGGUGGACUUUUCUGAUGAAUCAAAGGUAAAUUUAGGUUCAGCAUACCAGGCUCAGAUUCCUGCUUGCAGAGCAAGAGACAGUACAGAAAUAUUCGAAACCGUACGCUCUGAACUAAUGUGGAAUCCUAAUGUGCAAACUGAUGAUAAAAUUUUAAUGCGUUACAUCGAUUUAAGUAAAUCAUCGGCUGUGCCGAUGGGCAGUCAUUCAGAAGAAGUAGCACUACAUACAUUAUUUAAAGCAAAAGGAAACACUGCAUCAGCUGUAUUGACAUUAUUGCAAACACAAUCAAAUUCAUUCCAAAUGAAGUGGUCAGCUUUCGAGUUGGAGGCUUUUCUGAAAGGCUUAGAAAAACAUGGCAAGAACUUCAGUAGAAUUGCUUUAGAGUUGGGUACUAAAACCACCGGAGAGUGCGUACAAAUGUAUUACUUCUGGAAAAAGUUAUGUGUGGACUACAAGGUGACACAUCUAAAGGCCGAAGUUGUCAGCACUAGUCAUUCUAGUGAACCUAAACCCUAUGUAUGUGAGGUACCCGACUGCUCGGCGAGUUUCUCUUCAAAAGCUGCUCUGCAUGGUCACACCCGCAUACACACCUACGGCAGAAAUGCCAAUAACCAAAAUGCUACAAACUCCAUUACUGCAAACACCAACGCAAGCGCUACACAAUCGAGUAACACAACUGCUGCGCAUAAAGAACCAAUUAACGCUAAAGAAAUUGACUAUCCCUGCAAGGUGUGCGGCAACGAAGAGUGACAAAUUGAAGUUUUUAGAAGAUUUAAUCAAGCAUUAAGAAAAGUUCGUAAGCCGUGAAUAUCGUGAGAUUGUUUAACAAUCCUAAACGUCUCAUCCUAAACGAACGUUACCAAACGAAAAAUGUUGAUAUUCAAUAAAGUAAAGAGUCGCAGUGCACAUAUGAAAACCCAUCGCAUACAGGAAGCAGCAGCACAGAACAUCAAUGCCUCAACCUCAUCAAAUAUUUUAAGUAAUCCAAUAUCGGACGUAUCCUCAACGGCUCAAAAUCAAAUUGAGUCCCAACCACAACCACAAGCGCAACCACAGCAACAACUACAACCACAGUAAAAUUUGACAUUAAUUGACAAUUUCAAAAGAAUUACACCUGACAUAAUGAAGAAAAAAAACAAUCUUUAUAUACGUAAAUAAUCAUUUUAUUUAAAAUUAAAAAGAAUUAUCAAGAACUUUUGAAAGAUUACCAAAAAUU